AUGGACGCUGCUCAAACGACAAUCUCCUCACCCGUGAGCGCCGCCGCAAACGUUGCGUCUACCGCUGCGCCGGCCACCAACAAGCCCAAGCCCUGCUGCGUGUGCAAAGAUGAGAAGGCCAAGCGCGAUGAGUGCAUGCUCUUCUCCAACGCAAAGGACCCUGUCGCCGACUGCAAGUCUCUAGUCGACCAAUACCGAUCAUGCAUGACAGGCUUCGGAUUCCAGGUGUAA